AGCUCUUUCUAGUGAGGGGCCAGCGCGGCGCUGCCCGGGGAUUACUGCACCCGCUCCGCGGCCCCUGGCGCACGGUUCCGCCCGGCGUCCCCUCGGCUUCAGCGCAGCUGCCCUCGGAACAGCGGGGGUUAAACGUCUCCCAGAGCCGAUUCCUCCGCCAGCAGCCCGGCACCGAGCGGGUUAAUCCCCGCCCAGCGCUUUGGCUACGGCGGGGUCUCUGCGCUCAGGCUCCUCCCCCUUGUCCUGGCCUGAACCAUCCAGCAGCAACGGUGCCCGCCCCGCGCCACCUUGUCCUUCUCUGACGUAAUCGCCGUGCGCCAGCAGAGAGGUGGGGGCUGUUGCCUGGUUACGCCUGUCAUACUCGUGCGCCGCCGGCCUCUUCCCCCUUCUGCUCCCGAACCAAUCGCUCUGUGUGAGAUACAGAAAACAAGCGGAUCCGAGGCGCGAGCUGCAGCCCGGACCGGCCUCCCCAGCGCCCCCUCCCGCCACAGCCGUAGGGCUCCGGCCGAGGAGGUAACGGGCACCCACGCGUGGCGGCUGCCGCCCGCCUCUGCCUGCGGAGCGCCCCGCGCAGAGACUCACACAUGCCUGAGACCAGAGUGGGAGCGGCGCUGAGCCCGGCCGCCUGGGUUCCCCGCGCUGCCUGGCUGGGGCCCUAGCAGCGCCCCGGCCGCUGGAGCCGGGUGCGGCGGUGCCCGAGUGUAUGAGAGGGAGCGCGGAGCGGGGGCCGCGGCCCGAGCCACCCGCCUUCUCUCCCGGACGGCGGCAGCAGAGAGACCGGCCCGGGGGGAAGCGAGGGGGCAGCGAGGAGGCGGCGGCUCCAUGUGAAGAGACCCGGACACGCACGUGAACUGCCGAGCAGCCCCCCGGAGCCGGGAGGCAGCGAGAGAGACUCGGAGACCCGGCAGCCGAGGGGGCUGACCCGUCUCUCACUAAACUUUCCCGGACACGCGGGGUGUCUCGGGACCUGGCGUCCAACUUGCUGUGAAGUCCUAGAGCCCCCGCAGGGAAGCGGAUCCCCGUGUCCCCGGCGCAAGGGUGAGCUUUAGCUGCCCCCUGUAUCACCGAUAGCCUGUCUGCUGCAGCCAGAGAGCCAAAGGAGGGAACCUUAACCCGCUGCUGUUGCUGUUCCUAAGGCAUAAUAUUAGACUACCAGAGAGACUGUGAGAAGAUUAUUUUAAAGAAAUCUGCCUGUUGAGUUGCUGAUGGUGAUGAAGUAUUGAUCCAUUAAAAAGGCUUGCAGUGAAGGUUUUUACUUGAUAAUGUGAAAGCAUUUGCAUCAUCAGAUAGUCUAGCCAAGGUCCAAGAAGUAGCAAGCUGGCUUUUGGAAAUGAAUCAGGAACUGCUGUCUGUGGGCAGCAAGAGGCGACGAACUGGAGCGUCUCUUCGAGGUAAUGCUUCCUCAAGCCAAGUAGAUGAGGAGCAGAUGAAUCGAGUUGUGGAGGAGGAGCAGCAGCAGCAGUUACGACAACAAGAGGAGGAGCACAUUGCAAGGAAUGGGGAAAUAGGUGGAGCAGAGUCUGGACUUGGUGACAGAAUUGAAUCCCAGCAAGAACAGUUAGAAGAAAACAACAAUAGGCUUAUUGCAGUGGAUGAAGAAUCCACUGGUAACCACGAGGAGGAGGAGGAGGAAGAACAUGGUGCUGAACAAGAGGAGGAGGUGGAAGAAGAGGAGGAAAUGGACCAGGAGAGUGAUGAUUUUGAUCAGUCUGAUGACAGCAGCAGAGAAGAUGAACACACUAACAGUAAUAGUGUCACAAAUUCAAAUAGCAUCAUGGAUUUGCCCAUACACCAGUCAUCUCAAUUCUACAUAAAGACAAAGAUGAAGAGAAAGUUGGACCAUGGCUCCGAGGUCCGUUCUUUCUCUCUGGGAAAGAAACCCUGCAAAGUCUCAGAAUACACGAGCACUACUGGGCUUGUGCCAUGUUCAGCUACACCUACUACUUUUGGGGACCUGAGAGCAGCCAAUGGCCAAGGACAACAACGGCGCCGGAUUACAUCUGUCCAGCCACCUACAGGACUUCAAGAAUGGCUGAAAAUGUUUCAGAGCUGGAGUGGACCAGAGAAGUUACUUGCUUUAGAUGAACUCAUUGAUAGUUGUGAACCAACACAAGUGAAACAUAUGAUGCAAGUGAUAGAGCCCCAGUUUCAACGAGACUUUAUUUCCUUGCUCCCAAAAGAGUUGGCACUAUAUGUGCUUUCAUUCCUGGAACCCAAGGACCUUCUACAGGCAGCACAGACAUGCCGUUAUUGGAGAAUUCUGGCUGAGGAUAACCUUUUGUGGAGAGAGAAAUGCAAGGAGGAGGGGAUUGACGAACCAUUGCAUAUCAAGAGAAGGAAAGUAAUAAAACCAGGCUUCAUACAUAGCCCAUGGAAAAGUGCUUAUAUCAGACAGCACAGAAUUGAUACUAACUGGCGGCGAGGAGAGCUUAAAUCUCCUAAGGUGCUCAAAGGACAUGAUGAUCAUGUAAUCACAUGUCUACAGUUCUGUGGUAACCGAAUAGUCAGUGGUUCUGAUGACAACACAUUAAAAGUUUGGUCAGCAGUUACAGGCAAGUGUUUAAGAACACUAGUUGGACACACAGGUGGAGUCUGGUCAUCACAAAUGAGGGACAAUAUCAUUAUUAGUGGAUCUACAGACCGAACACUUAAAGUAUGGAACGCGGAGACUGGAGAAUGUAUUCAUACUUUAUAUGGACACACUUCUACUGUGCGUUGUAUGCAUCUCCAUGAAAAAAGAGUUGUCAGUGGGUCUCGAGAUGCCACGCUGAGAGUUUGGGACAUAGAGACAGGCCAAUGUUUACAUGUUCUGAUGGGACAUGUAGCUGCAGUCCGGUGUGUUCAGUAUGAUGGCAGGAGGGUUGUUAGUGGAGCAUAUGAUUUUAUGGUCAAAGUGUGGGAUCCAGAGACUGAAACCUGUCUACACACACUGCAAGGGCAUACUAAUAGAGUCUAUUCAUUACAGUUUGAUGGCAUCCAUGUAGUGAGUGGAUCUCUUGACACUUCAAUCCGAGUUUGGGAUGUGGAGACGGGAAACUGCAUUCACACAUUAACGGGCCACCAGUCAUUAACAAGUGGAAUGGAACUGAAAGACAAUAUUCUUGUGUCUGGGAAUGCAGAUUCAACAGUCAAAAUCUGGGAUAUCAAAACAGGACAGUGUUUACAGACAUUGCAAGGUCCCAACAAGCAUCAGAGUGCUGUGACCUGUUUACAGUUCAACAAGAACUUUGUAAUUACCAGCUCAGAUGAUGGGACUGUAAAACUUUGGGACUUGAAAACGGGUGAAUUUAUCCGAAAUCUAGUCACAUUGGAGAGUGGGGGAAGUGGAGGCGUCGUCUGGCGGAUCAGAGCCUCCAACACAAAGCUAGUGUGUGCAGUUGGAAGCCGAAAUGGAACUGAGGAAACAAAGCUGCUGGUGUUGGACUUUGAUGUGGAUAUGAAGUGAAGAGCAGAAAAAUGAAUUUGUCCAAAUGUGUAGACGAUGUUUCCCUUCCCUCCCCCUGCAAAAAAACAAAACAAAAAAAACCCCUUGUCCUUGGUGGUGCAGGAUGUUGGCUUGGGGCAACAGAUCCUAAAGACCUACAGACUACGAAGGAGGAGACUGCGAGAUGACAAACUGUAACUGACAAGAGAGGCAUUUGCUGUCUCAUCACAUAAAAAGCUUCACUUUUGACUGGGGCAGCUUUGCAAAUAUAAGACUUUCUAAAUCAAACCAGGUGCAAUUAUUUCUUUAUUUUCCUCUAAGUGCUCAUUGAGCAGAGUGGAGGUUAAAAAGUUGUUACAAUUCUUGCUAACCUGUUAUUUUACCACAGAGAUCUAGAAAGUUGCUGCAUAACAUCCGUUACUGGAUGACUUUGUUGUCGUCACAGAUGCUCGCAACUUUGAAAGUCAAAUCCUGAUGUGGAAAAGCUAAAAUCUUACUGUGAAUUGUUUUUGUACAGUUUUAUCAGAGCUUUUUUUUUUUGCCAGCCAUUGCCAAUGUCAAUCACAGUAUUAGCCUCUGUUACUCUAUUUACUGUUGCUUUCAUCUACACUCUACAAUGCAUAUGUUACUCUGAGGUGGCAAGUUGUCCUGGGUUCUAAGAGUUCUUGAAUGGAUUGAACUCUCAAUGCUGGUGCUAGAAGUAGGUCUUCAAGUAUGGGAUUGUUGUCCCACCCCUGUACUGUAUUCCCAGUGGCCAAACUUAUUUAUGCUGCUAAAUGAAAGAAAGUAAAGCAAAUUAUUUCUUGUUUAAUUUUUUUUUUCUGCUGUGACGUUUUAGUCCCAGACUGAAUUCCAAAUUUGCUCUAGUUUGGUUACAGAAAAAGACUUUUUGCCACUGAAACUUGAGCCAACUGUGCCUCUAAGAGGCUGAGAGUUAAAAAGUUUCAGACAAUUAAGAGUGAAGUUUGCCUGCAAGUAAAGAAUUGAGUGUGUGUGCAAAGCUUAUUUUCUUUUUUCUGGGCAAAAAUUAAAACACAUUCCUUAGAACAAAGCUAUUGCAGCCUGUUCUGUGGGGAAACUUUUUUCUUUGUGAGGGCUGUGGUGAAUGGAAUGAACAUGCAUAAUAAAACUGACAAAAAUUUUAAAAAUAUAAAUACAAAAAUAAAAUUGCUGGUCAGUCUUAGUGUUUUACAGUAUUGAGAAAAACAACUGUUACAGUUAUUGCUGCAAGGAACUGACAGUACAAAAACUAUUACGUUUUUGUAAUAAAGAUGUACAUGCAAAGUCAAAUGGUUUGCCUCAUUCUCCAAGAGCCACAACUCAAGCUGAACUGUGAAAGUGGUUUAACACUGUAUCCUAGGCGAUCUUGUUUUUUCCUCCCUUUUUUGUUUUGUUUUAUUUUAUUUAUAGUCUGAUUUAAAACAAUCAGAUUCCAGUUGUUUAAUUUUAGUUAUGUAACAACCUGACAUGAUGGAGGAAAACAACCUUUAAAGGGAUUGUGUCUAUGGUUUGAUUCACUUAGAAAUUUUAUUUUCUUAUAACUUAAGUGCAAUAAAAUGUGUUUUUCAUGUUAGCACGUCUUUUUCUUCUAAUGGUUUGCUACUGUACUAAUAUGCAA